UAGAACACCAGCCUGGAAUGAAAAAGCCAAGGGAGAGCAUGAGGCCUUUAGUUCAAGCCCCACUGCUGGCAUAAUCAACCCAUUUAUUGUUUAAAACCAACAGCCACAGAUAAUUUCCAUCUAAUAAAUAAUAAUCUACCACUGUGCAUUUCAGUCGAAAUGUAACUUCAGAGCAAAAGGACGAAAAUAAAGAAGCGAAACCCCGCUCACUGCGUUUCACCUGGAGCAUGAAAACCACUAGUUCCAUGGACCCCGGUGAUAUGAUGCGGGAGAUCCGCAAAGUGCUGGAUGCCAACAACUGCGACUACGAGCAGAGGGAGCGCUUCCUGCUCUUCUGCGUCCACGGCGAUGGGCACGCCGAGAACCUGGUGCAGUGGGAAAUGGAAGUCUGUAAGCUGCCAAGACUGUCUCUGAACGGGGUCCGGUUUAAACGGAUAUCAGGGACAUCCAUAGCUUUCAAAAAUAUUGCUUCCAAAAUUGCCAAUGAGCUAAAGCUGUAACCCAGUAAUUAUGGUGUAAAUUAAGUAGCAAUUUAAAGUGUUUUCCUGAACACGAUGGAAAUGUAUAGAGUAAUAUUUAGGCAAUAACGUCUGCAUCUUCUAAAUCAUGACAUUCACGUCUAAGGGCGAGAGCAUGCCUGGGAGCGAAGGCUGGCCUUUUCUACGAAUGCACUACAUUAAAGUCGUGUGACCCUGGCCUCCGUCUUGUUUCCAUUGCCCUGGGAGUCAGCGCGUGGACCGCCUGCCUGUGCCUCCUGUGUGUGGUGUGAGUUGAUGGUGUGUGCAGAGCAGGUGUGCGGGAACAUCUCUUGAGGCUGGCACUAGUACCUCUGUGGGAGAUCAUUUGGUGCUAAAACAUUACGAUUGCCAAGGAGGAAAAUACUGAAUUACUGCUAAGAAUUAACCUUAAGACUAGUCAAUAAUUAAUACAGGUUUACAGUUCAUGCCUGUGGUUUUUGUGUUUGUUGUUUUGUGUUUUUUUAGUGGAAAAGGUUUAAAUUUAUAGUUGUGAAACAUUGCUUGUGUGUGUUUUUCUAAGUAGAUUCACAAGAUAAUUAAAAAUUCACUUUUUCUCAGUAAAA